GAAUUCAAUCCCUUUUUUAACAGCACAAGCGAUUCACAUCACAUAAACCCUGAUUUGUUAUCGCUUGCACUACCUUUGGAUCAAAACAAUCAGAAAAUCGAUUUUGCAACAUUAUGCACUGACGAAACAUUUUUUACUGAACAAGUCGUGUCUUCUGCUGGACCAGUAGACAAUACCAUAUCUCCUCUUGCUGCCGUUUCUUUUCCUUCUCAGAGCUUUUUAUCCACACCUUUGAAUACACCCAACUAUUGUGCUCCUCAUAUUCAUCCUUAUGUACAAGAUCUAGAGGAGUUUUUAGCGCCUCUUGUAUCACCAGCAAUAACACCCAAUAUGACCGAGACUCACUACUUUACUCCUUUGUCUUCACCAGCACUUGUUCCAGACAGUAAUCAUGUAUUUGAAACUACAGAUCUCUCUUCAUCUCCUCAGGAUGCCGUGCUAUUACAACAACAGUUGGCUCACAUUGAAGCAAAGCAACAACUUUUAAGGGACCAAAUGAAGACAUCGCCUGCUAUAUCUCCUACUUACAGAAAGAGCUCACUCGCCCCUUCUUCCAGUCGCCAACAAGCCCCACCUUCACCCAUGCCGUUCAAUGGUAAAAAGAGACCGAGUCUUAGACAAAAGAUUGUUUUAGCAAGUCCUCAGCUUCAUUCUUCUCAGAACCAUCACAUUGCAUUACCUAUGACUAUGCCCGCCACACCGGCAUCACUCAUGAAAAUGAGUCAUCCAUCAGGGAUAUCAGGUACAACCGUACCCAGCAACCAUGGGCCUGACAAGACCGUGGUGGAUCUCAUGCCGUCAUUGCCUCCUGCUGCUGUUACCAGUGAGCCCAUGAAACGCUCUGUUUCGUCCCCUACCAGUAGUACCUCGGCAACCAAAAAAAGAAAGCUUGCACCAUCACCAAUGACACUAAAGCCGUUAAUCUCUCCAUUUUUACAGCCCGACGCACGCAUCAACCAUGUAGGCAUAGAAAAUCGGCGAUCAGCACACAAAGUGGCUGAACAAAGAAGGAGGGACACACUCAAACAGAGUUUUGAUUCUUUACGAAAAGAAAUUGCAGAAGUACUAGUGACAGAAGCCAAACAGUCUCCAUCAGACAAAACAGACGAAGUGAUACGUGAAGAAAAAGAAAAAGAAGUCAAGUUUAUGAGCAAAGUGUUGUUAAUACAACAUUCGUAUGAAUACAUUGUACGCUUAAAAACAGACGCUAAGCAAAGAGAUGAUAGAAUGCGCUCUAUGCAACAAGAAAUAGACAGGCUAAAACAGUUAUUAGACUAAGUUAUCAUGUCUUUUUCACUGUCUGUCUCGUCAUCUUGUGUUAAUAAUAAAUUCCUGUUGUCUCUGUCUUGUUCUUCAGAAACCAUUCUUAACCAUUGCAUACGAGGACCCACUUGAGAUAGUGCGCUUACUCGAAAACCAAAGAUCUUGGCCACAUAAAUGUUGGGUUCCACGUAUUUCAUCGAGUCAGGAAAUGCCUGUACAAAUAAAUGAGGAAAUGUUGUUCCAAAAUGAGCACCUAAAAUAAAUGACGUAGGGUAAGCAUUAAGAAGGUAUGGUGCUG